UCACAUGCCUUGGCAUAUGAAAAAUACCGAAGCAACCACUCCUGGCUUUCUUCUCUCUCUACACUCUGAACCCCCACGCACUACACUAAUAUCACGCGGACUCACUAUGAAUCGCAAUCUCGCCGCCACCGCCUCCUCCCAACCGCCGCGAUCGGUCCCGAUAUGCUCCGGCCUCCGAGGAUCAUGCUAGCAGCGAGGGGCUGGCUCCAAACGCGUGGCCGCAGCCGCCGCUUCCUCAUUCUCCUGCUCUGCUCCCCGGUCCUCAUCCCCUUCCUCUUCUUCACCUUCCCGAUCCUCUGCGCGGCCGAGCUCUGCCUCCGCCUCUGCGGCGGUGGGCGGUGGAAGAGGAUCGAGGAGGAGUACCAGCAGGAGGAGGCCGCGCGGCUCCGUGCCUGCGAGGAAGGGCGCUGCCCCGACGGCGGCGACGAGAGGGACGGCGAGGUGGGGCUGCUCCAGAGGUACCUCGAAGAUCAGCUCAGGCUGGUGGGCUCGGUGUACGAAUGCGGGGACGAUUUCGACUGCGAGGUCGAGGACGAGAACGACGGCGAUGUCGGGUUCCUCGACACCAAUCGGAGCCCUCUUCUGGGUUAACGGGUGAACGGAUCUUCUCUUCCCUCCGUCUUUUUUUUUUUUGGGUUUCAAAUUCACCAAAUCGGGUCAUUGUAUUCUUCAAUUUGGCCCUCUCUUCUGUACAAAUGACAGAUUAAUUUGGCUCUGAUUAGGGUUUCUCUUUGGUUGUUUUGGUCUUUUGAGAUUAGAUUUUACUUUUUUGGUUGGAUCUGUCGAUUCGGAAUUGAAUCUUUGAUCUAACUUUCGUGCUGAAUUGUUAGCAAAUCAAUUCCUAUCGAGUCAUGAUUACGUGUGGCGUGCGGAACAUCCUCUAAUUAUUUUAUAGGACGAAGAAAUCGACGGAUUGCCGCAUCAAGCAUUACAUGGAGGAUAGACAAGUUGUUUGUAGAAUAAAUACUUCGUUAUAUAUCAUUAGUGUUGUCCUCGCUGCCGCUCACCAUUUACUUAUCGAAAAAAAAAAAA